GCGGGCGCGGGGCGGCAUGGCGUGGCCCUGCAUCAGCCGCCUCUGCUGCCUGGCGCGGCGCUGGAACCAGCUGGACCGCUCGGACGUGGCGGUGCCGCUGACCCUGCACAACUACUCGGACCUGGAGAGCGAGGAGCCGGGCCCCGGCGGCGCCGCCUCGCGCACGGGCGCGUCCCCCGCAGGCGCCCGGGACCCCGGCCGGGACGUGCCCCUCACUCAGUACCAGCGGGACUUCUGCGCGUGGCCCGCGCCCGCGAGGCCCAGAGAUGCGACGCCGGGGCGCAGGCCGGGGGCCGGCGGCCGGAGGGGCGCCUCUCCCGCACCCGCUGGCCAGGGCGUCUACGUGCUCCCCCUCGGGGAUGCGGACGCGGCUGCAGCAGCCACCUCGUCGUACAGACAGGAAUUCCAGCCCUGGACUGGAGUCAAGCCGUCACGAUCCACAAAGGCGAAACCGACCACGGUGAUCACAACCCACAGCUCGGGAUGGGACGGCUGCCCUGGGGCCGCCUUCCAGGUCCCUGAGGUGAGGAAGACGGUCUCUCCUAACCCCUCAGCCAUCUUCCAGGCUCCGGCUCCCCGGAUCCUCAAUGUGUGACUCCCACCGAGCAGAGUGCCAGCGGCUGUAAACGGGACUUCAUUGGUUUGCACAUUAGAUGUUUCUAAAAGAAGAGACUGCCUGCUGGGCAUUCGGUGGGAAAUGACCAGAUUAAUGGAACAGUUUCAGAUUUUACUAAAACGCAAAAAUAAGGUAUUUCAAUUUUUUGUUUAUUUUUUAAAUUAUAAAUGAGCACCUUCUCCUAGUUUCCUUCAUCCUCCUCUUGAUGGUAAGCCCCUGAAUGUCUCCCGGCUGCAGCUGAUACCCCGAGCCCGAGAACCCUCGCUUUGGCUGCAGUCCACGCCGUGAUACAUGCAGCCUCUCACAAAACCCACCAACCUGCCGCCACAUUUAGUUCCCCGACGUGCCCCCACUCCCAGGAGCCUAGGUAAACAACUGUCUUUGAAGCUAGUCUUGGACUCAGAUCUUGACUUCUCCCUUCACUAGCUGUGAGCAGUCUAAGCUCCCGUUUCCUCAUCUGCAAAAUGAGGCUAAUCCCCCCGACCUGGCUAAGAGUCUGGGCUUAUGUGCAGGGGACUUAGGACAGUAAGCAGAGUGCAGCGUUGUAACAAUUCUUUCCUACCCCAGCACCCUCCCCGUUUCUCAGGGAGCAGCUCUAUUCUCCUGCAGCUUUGCUCCACCUCCCCCGAUGCCGACAGUCCCUCCCACUGAGACCUGU